AUGGACCAUCAUCCCCUCCCCCACAGACCGGAAUCCCCAAGCUGGUCAACCGUGGGAACGUUGGGUCCUCUAGAUACAAGCACCCGUCGCAUAUCCAAUCCCGGAUUUGUCAACGCUUUCCAAACAUACCGUCAAUCAGGAUCCCGAGCCGCUUCGACGACCAGUGCUGAGACUCUGGCAGAUCAAGCGGCAGCAACGAAUCCUCCCCGGAAUAAGACCAAUGAUCGUGUUAGAAAGACGAAGCCUCGUGAGAAGAAAGACAAAUCAGCCACAAAAGAUAGUCCUCGAUUAUUCUGCUGCAGAUUUUGUUGCGAUCGAUUCAAGAGCAAAUAUGACUGGAUGCGACACGAGAAGUCGCUUCCCUUAAACCUCGUAACCUGGGUAUGCAUGCCAUUUGGUGGAGCAGUGGUGUUGCCAUCAACAGGCCGAGUACACUGUGUCUAUUGUAGCAUGUUGGAUCCCACGGCUGAGCAUCUCACACAACACAAUCAUGGGGCUUGUGACGGCCAACAACGCAAGUUUCGACGCAAGGACCACGUGGUUCAACAUCUACGCCUUGUUCAUCGCAUCGAUACGCUCCCGAUCAUCAGUGAAUGGAAAGUAGAAGCCACCAACUUCACUUCUCGCUGUGGUUUCUGUGCUCGCCAGAUGACGACGUGGUCUCAAAGAUGCGACCAUUUAGCAUUGAAUUUUCGCAAUGGCUCGACAAUGGCUGACUGGCAAGGUGAUCAUGGAUUCCCCGAAUCGAUUGCAGCCCAAAUUACCCAUGCCGUGCCUCCCUAUUUGAUUGACCUCGAGUCACGAACCAUGGUGCCCUUCUCCGCUACUAAUAGUCAUGCUAAGGAUCAUUUCUCUCAGAUGUUGUCACGGGCUGCCUUUCAGAGUGACACCAAUGUUGGCGGUGGUGACUCUGGUUUUAAUUCGUAUACGCAAGCUCUGACGCGGCACUUGAGCCACUAUACAGAAAAACAGACACGCCUCAGUAUUGUUCCUACUGAUGAAAUAUUCUAA